GAGAUCAAAGGCAAGUCCUACGUCGAAUCAUAGCACCAGCUGCAGUCUCCUCAUAUAGUUCAUCUCGCUUCUCGUCGUCAUGUCUCUCCUCUCCCGAACCACCCUCCGAACCGCCUCCAGGAUCGCUCCUUCGGUCGGCAAGACCCAGGCGAGGAACGUCCACUUUGAAAACGUCGUCGGCAAGACCAUCCCUACCGACGUCACCAACCGUCCGUUCUUGGCCAUCAAGAUCGCCGCCUUUUUCUGUGCUGGAUUCGGAACUCCCUUCGCCAUCGCUGCUUGGCACUUGAGGAAGACCGGUGGUGGACCCGCUUAAAUAGGACAAGAGGAACUCGCCGUCAUGCGCAACUUGAGGUUGUUGUGGGAAAGACAACUUUGAGGGCCGGAUGAUGUCGCAAUGGGCAUGAGAAAUGGGAUGUAAAAGCAGAAUAAUCGAGGGGUGGAUUCAUCGAUAUACACUUGGAGAAGAUACGGCG